AUGGAACGUCGCAAUAGGGAGAUUUCACUGGAUGAUGUUGAGAUAGAGGAACCGGCGCUUGUUCAUGUUGAAACAGGUGGAGGUGGUUAUGCAUCUUUCAACUCUGCGGGUCACUCACAGGACCGCGAAGAUGAAGAAUCCGCGAUAGACAACGCCCCUCCCUUAUUCAGCAAAUACGGUGACUUUCAUACAAUAGAUUGGCAACGGGAUCUUGCAAGAGAUCGGCUACGGCAUAAGUUGAUUGUCGGGAAAAGAGUGGAUUUUCCAUGGGGUAUCCUGCAAAGUGCUUGGGAUGCUGGAGCAGGAUGGAUAUGCGUUUUGAUGGUAGGCCUUGCCGCUGGAGCGUCAGCCGGUGUAAUCGAUAUCGGCGCUCGAUGGAUGAGUGAUCUGAAGGUUUGG